AGGGCGGCGCUGCACCGGUCCUCCGGGCUGAGGGCAACAUGGCGGCGCAGUGGCGGCGCUGCUGGAGGGGGCAUGGGGCAGUUACAGGGGUAAUAGACGCUGUUUGUGGGGUGACUGCGGGCGCGAGAGGACCCGGGGCUGGGUGUUUAACUAAAGAGGUGCUGCUUCCUGUCAGAAACACACAUAACUCCAUCAGGCCCAGCACUUUUACACGGUUCAGAAGUGGUUUUCUUCACCCCGCCGCCCGGAGCUGCUGUUGUAGGAUUCACAGCGACGCAAAGUUAAAAGAUCCCUUUUCACUGGCGCAGGAGGAUCUGAAAAAUCUGUACGAGGAUAUAAAAAAGCAGCUACUCGUGUCCAAAGCGGAGCUGAAAGCACUGUGUGAUUAUUACUUUGACGGGAAGGGAAAAGCUUUUCGGCCCAUGAUCGUGGUGUUAAUGGCUCGAGCCUGCAACAUUCACAGCAACAGAGACGGGGGUCUGCUCCCGGCCCAGCGCUCCAUCGCCAUGAUCUCUGAGAUGAUCCACACGGCCAGCUUGGUGCACGAUGAUGUCAUCGACGGUGCGGAUAUGAGACGAGGAAAAAACACUAUUAAUGAAGUGUGGGGGGAGAGAAAGGCCAUCCUGGCUGGAGAUUUCAUUCUCUCUGCAGCGUCCAUGGCACUCGCACGCAUCGGGAACACCACCGUCGUGUCUGUGCUCUCUCAAGUCAUAGAGGAUCUGGUAAGAGGUGAAUUCAUGCAGCUGGGAUCCAAAGAAAACGAGAACGAGCGAUUCAAACACUACCUCGAGAAAACGUUUAAGAAGACGGCGAGUCUGAUAGCGAACAGCUGUAAAGCAGUUUCCAUUCUGGUGAACUCUGACCCCGAGGUGCACGAGAUCGCCUAUCAGUACGGCCGAAACGUGGGCAUCGCCUUCCAGCUGGUGGAUGAUGUGCUGGACUUCACCUCGUGCGCUAAUCAGCUGGGGAAGCCGUCAGCCGCAGACCUCCGGCUGGGUUUGGCCACCGGACCUGUACUGUUCGCCUGCCAACAGUUUCCGGAGCUCCACUCUAUGAUUAUGAGACGUUUUGGUUCAGAUGGAGAUGUCGAUCGGGCCUGGAGAUACGUCCUGGAGAGUGAUGGCGUGGAGCAGACGAGCUUCCUCGCCCAGCGUUACUGCCACGAGGCCACGCGUCAGAUCAGCCGUCUGCAGCCGUCCCCCGAGCGAGACGCUCUAAUCCGCCUCACCGAGCUCGUCCUUAACCGGGACAAAUGAACCCGGAACCUCCAGAGCUUCACUUCAGGCAGCUACACACUCAGAUAACACACACACUUACAGCAGGGCGUCUCGUCUCGUCUCGUCUCGUCUCACUCCUCUCAGACACCCACAGCACUGCUCUGUUGAAUGUUAAAGCUCGUGUACUUCGUGGCUGUCUGGGACUGGAAUAGACACCUGCACCUUAAAAGCUCACCCAAGCAUGCUAACUAAAAAGAGAUUAGCAUUACGGAGAUAAACAUGUUCACCGGUUCAUGCUAGCCUUCAUGCAGUGUUUAGCAUUUUUGGGUGAAGAAUAUAUUCCUUUUGAGGAGGUUUUCAAAAAGAGAGAAAUAAUAUUUACAUUGUCACUGUACUGUAUGUGUCCUCUUCUGCAGAAGCAGGGCAUUAUGGGAUAGGAGGACGUCAGGAGGCUUUACCGUUAACUUACGUGACUGAAAGCGAAUCUUACAGACGCCUCUGGAAAGUCCGUCCAUCCCACAAAGGCCAAAUCAUGACGUGUGUAACCGGUCGAUGUAUGAUGCUGUUAUUUAUGAAAUUUUACAUCACGAUCUUUAAUAACAGACAAGGCCUUAAAUCCACGACGACUCUGUGAUAUUAAACAAGAUAUUUUUUAAGUUAAA